GCGACGGGAGGCAAAUGAAGUUUGCGGCAGCGAAAAGAAAACAAACUGUUGCAAGGCUUGCUCGGCGUGUUAGGCAAUUUAAUGAAGAAACAUGGCGUCGUAUGAGGAACAACUUUGUACGAGGGCGACGAGCGACGAGCGACAACAACUGGACGCGAAAAUGGUGUUUUACGUCCAAGCCUUCCGAGGAGAGGAGGAGGAAAAAGAGGUUCCACCCCCCCCUUGUGUUAAAGAGGAAGAGGAUGACCCACAGUGCCCUCACGUUAAAGACGAAGAGGAGGUGUUGGAUGUCAGCGAGUUGCCGUUAACUGUUGUCGUCGUGAAGAGCAAAGAUGAUGAAGACGAAGUCGGCGUUAAUGAAGAACCAUGGCGUCGGUCACAGCGUCAUCAUUCCAGUGCACGUGGAGGGAAGUGUGGAGGACUACCAGCAGACAACCUCGUAGCUCCACUGUCACAGAGUGAAGACAUAGAAGAAGCGUUGAGGAAUGACGGAGACAAACACUUGGAAAGCUCUGGAAAGAAGACAACCGACUUGGAUCAAAAACCCUUUAACUGCUCAGUUUGUGGUAAAGUCCUUUCUUAUAAGCGCAGUUUGAACGCGCACAUGAGAACACACACAGGGGAAAAACCUUUUAGCUGCUCCGUUUGUGGUGAAUGUUUUCUUCGAAAGGGAAACAUGAUUAGACACUGCAAGACACACACGAGAGAAAAACCUUUCAGCUGCUCAGUUUGUAGCGAAAGCUUUUCACAUGUGAGUAGUUUAAAUAAACACACGAAAAUGCAUACAGAAGAAAAUAAAUUUACUUGUUCAGUUUGUGGGAAAGGUUUUCCUCGAAAAGGAAAUAUGGUAAGACACAUGAGAACGCAUGCAAGAGCAAAACCUUUUCGUUGCUCCCUUUGCGGCGAUACAUUUACACAAAAGGUCUCAUUGAUUGCACACACAGCGACACACAAGGGAGAAAAACCUUUCACUUGCUCAGUUUGUGGUGAGUGGUAUUCUCACAAGCGCAGUCUUAAAGUACACAUGCGGACGCACACAGGAGAAAAACGCUUCAGUUGCUCCGUAUGUGCUGAAUGUUUUACGUAUAAGCACAAUUUGAUGGCACACAUGGCAACACACACGGGAGAAGAAGCUUUUAGUUGUUCAACUUGUGCUAAAGGGUUUACUUGUAAGCAAAAUAUGAACAUGCACAUGAGGACUCACACGGGAGAAAAACCUUUUGCGUGCUCCAUUUGUGGCGAAAGCCUUUCUUAUAAGCAGAGUUUGAAAGUACACAUGCGGCGACACACAGGAGAAAAACCCUUUAGUUGUUCAGUUUGUGGCGAGAAAUUUGCUCUAAAGGUGACUUUGAUCGCACACAUAGCAACACACACCGGAGAAAAACCCUUUAGCUGCUUGGUUUGCAGCGAAAGCUUUAACUAUAAGCACAAUUUAAAAUCACACAUGCAGACGCACACGGGAGAAAAAACCUUUAGUUGUCUGUUUUGUGGAAAAAGAUUCAGUCAAAAGUCAAAUAUGAUGACACAUAGGAGGACGCACACAGGAGAAAAACCCUUUCUUUGCUUGGUUUGCGGCAGUAAAUUUGGUCACAAAGUGUCUUUGAAUGCGCACAAGCAGACACACGAUGUAAAAUAAACAUUCUCCUGCCUGGUGAUGCGAAAAAAAAAAAAUUCCUAUCAUGUCUUAUUGCGUACUAUUGGAUUAAAUGUUUUGGGACUUCACUGCUGUUCUUCGUCCUUCCUCUGCUUUUAUCUGCUGGAAACAUACCUGAGUAG